CUCGCAUAUAGUCAACUGUUGAUUAGACAUAUUCAUCCAAAGGGAAACAACCUACUUACGAGUUUUGCCUAAAUGAUGAUUAGAAAAAUUUUAAUAGAUUGCGCUAAUGAAAAAAAUGGGAUAUCGUCUAUCGGUAAACUUUUUAAAAAGAAGUAUCGGUCAAUCGUUAGACAGUCAGAAAAUAUUGCGACUGAUUCCGUGACAGCAGCACUUGACAAGUUGCUCGAUUGGGGAUUAGGAGGGAGAAGGGAACGGAAGGUUGAAGUUUAGUAGCCCGCCAUGUUUUUCACCAAGUGGGGUGUGUAGAAGAGGCCGGGGUGAAAAUCAUCUCUCGAGGCAUGCAGAUUCUAAAUAUCGGUCCAGCAUUGCCAGGAACAUCAUUUUAGGGGUACCACUACUUAUUACUACAAAUCUCGUUAUCUAUUUCGUGUUCUUCCGACCUGUCUAUGCGUUUCAACGGCGGAUAUCUUCAAAAUUUGUAACUAUAUCAUGUUGUCAAAAUGGGAAGGAGACUAUACUUGUUAUCCUUCGCUAAGACCUGCCAGCCUCGCCUUAUCAAGAUAUCCACCACCUAUGUACAAGAACCUAAUAACAUUUAAUCAACAUAACUAAGACUAAAAGGAACAUUCUUACUAAUUGCGAAGAAGAAACUUGUAACUGAAUUCGUAAAAUUAAAAGUAAGAAGAAAAAAGAAAACAAAUAUACAGUAAACUUGAUAGUCACAAGGUGGUGGAUUAAAUAGAAUUGAAACAUUAAAGGACAAUAAUAUUAAACUGUAAUAUUGCACUGUAAAUAAGAAAGAAGAUGAUCACCCUGGUGGCAGUGGAGUUUGUGAGAGUUCCUGAGCCUAGGUGGAAAUUUAUUAAGAGGGAAUGAGGAAUCCGGCAUUGCAUUUGGUCGGGAUAGCGGCGUCCCCUGGAGGAGACGAGGUCUUUGGUACAAGGGCCGAGGAGGAGUUGCGCCAGUGGCUUGAGACACGCUUGGACGCAUUGGGGAUUGACCCGGUUGCGUACUCGCGUUUUGUGCUCAGCCUAUUGCGCCGCCCCGACUCGGCCCUAAGUCCUCCAGAAGAGGCAGUAAGCGUUAAUAAAAGUACAGGACGUCGCAUUCGUCCCCGGCCUAAAGCAAAACUGCCACCUCAAGGAGAGAGGGAGCAAAGACGAGCUGUUGUGCAAUGUCUUAAAAGUGCUGCCGACAACAAAUGUGGAGUGGAAACGUUAGUUGAUGAACUGUGCACAAAAUUAAGAGAUUUGGAAGGAGGAGGUUCACACGAUGAAAAAGAAGAAUCCAAAAAGUUAGAUAGCGAAUCUAAAACAAACCUGGAAGUUCUUACUCCACGCGAUAGGGCUCUCAGAUACUACGCAGCAUUUCCUGCCUUACAACCUACAAGCCUCAAAAAAUUUUCUCAAAGAAAGGAUAAGACCUUUGGGAACAAUAACAAUAAUAACAACACAGACAGUAGUAUCAAUUAUAACAAUAAUAAGAACAACAGUAAGACUCGCAAUAAGAAAACAAAAAUGCCAAUUACUAUUGAGACUCAAAGAAGAGAAGAUAAAGAGAGCUUUGGAUUCGCUAAAUCUAUGGAAAGAGAAAGAGAGAAGGAACGUGAACUAGAAUUAGAUCAAUUGAGAUUAGCACAGUUGCAAGCAAAAUUUGACGAAAGUUUAGAAGCACUUUGGGAUUCAGGACCUGGCAAUGCACAAGAUACAGCUUCUAUCUGGGCAGCACCUACUCUUUCUAUUCCUUCUGGACCCCUUUGGCCCACGGAUACUACAGAUACAACUUUUACUUUAUCUACUACAGAUAAUGGUUAUGCUACUGAUACACCAUAUCAGGAAUGUAUUGUUGACGACUCACCGCUUAUUCCAUGGGAUAUCGAUUUAAUCAGCAUUGAAGAUUAUGCAGAGGAGUGUGGUAACAAGAAUAAAUCAGAAGGUAACGUAAACUGGUCAGAUACGGUUAUGGAUGGACCUUGGUGUUGGAAAGGACUUGGCAGUAAUUUGGCUACUUUGGGGCAUAGUCCUCAAACAGGUAGCUGCUUCUUUCCAGUUGCACCACGUAAGACUCCCAUUGGAACACGCAAAGAAUCUCGUUCAAAUCUGAAGGUACAUAGCCUUCCUGAACCGGACGAGGAUUUACUCACUUCAGCUAGGACACAUUUUCGUCCUAUAAAAGACGAUGGUAAUUGGGCCGAUGGGACUACUUUUCCAGUAAAUAAUGCUUUAGAACGGGUUGCAUAUAGGAGAUCUGAGUCAGGAAAUUUGUUGUACCUACCUGGUGGAGAGAGCCCUUACAUGGAAUAUCGGGAAAGUAACUCGCCGAUUCCUUCUGCAUCUUCGAAUUUAACGUUAAAAUUCCGGGUGCGUCAAUGCGACAAAUGCGUUCAAACCGAGCCCAUUCGGUCUCCGAUAAAACGCCGAAUUCUCUCCGAACAGGAUCAUUUUCACUAUUCUCCGGUCGAAUCUGAAGAAACCAUUGCUCAUGAACAAGAAAAGAUAGAAAAAGAUUACUUUUCUUUGAGUCAGCUGGGCUGGGUACAAAAUAAUGUACCUCUGCACAACGAUCGUAAAAGAAGGCACAGUAGCAGCUUUGGAUGCCAGCCACUGACGAUUUUACGUCCUUUGACCUUGUGAACUGGAUAAUAGAAGCUGCUAAUAUGUUAUGUGACCGGAGACUUCAGAUUUAGAUAUACUUUUUUCAAGAUGAAGACAAAAAAAGUGUGAGACAAUGGAUCCUCUUGGCAUGUGGAAUUUGUUAUGCAUGUAUCCAAGAAGGCACGAUUAAUCCCAUUGUCGUUUGUAUGGAUCAGCUAAUUGAAAGAAGUGUUAAACGAAAGAGAAUGGCAAAAUGAAUAUUAAAUGUUCAUUUAGAUAAUUAUUAUUAACCCUUUGACGAAUAAAAAGAAAAGGAACAAAACAAAAAAAAGCGUAUAUCUUACACCGCGUUUGACGAUGAUAAAAAGAGAUGUAGCGAUUUUCAAGUUUUCAUUUGUAGCUUGUCAAUCAUUUUAUGUGAAUUUUGAAUGAAAAUUAGCUUCUUGAUUUUGAUAGCCACUUUAGCAAACAGUUUUAUUUCUCACCCACUAUGCAGCUCUUGUGUGUUUAUUCGAUAUGUAUAAGAAGGUAGAUGUGUUAAAAAUUGAAAAUCUGAAAGAAAUUACAAAAAGAAAAAGAAAGAAAAACAAAAAACAGUGGAGUACUUAUACAAAUACUGCACAACAUCAAAACUGGGUAUAAAAGCAUAAAAGUGCUGUUCUAUUUUCUUGUUGUUUUCCAUAAUUAUUAAUGAAUUAUCUUAAUGGUAUUUUCCCUAAUUAUAAUUUAACUCCUCCGAAGAUUAAUCUCCUUAUGCUCCAAACGUCCCCUUAUCCUACGCUUUUCCUGUACUCCCUACAAAGAAAUUGGAUAUCAAAGAAUGUACAUGUACGAAAGUGUAAUACGAAAAUAUGCAUACAUCAUUGAAUGUAUGCAAACAAUGCAAGAAAUGUUAUUGAAGAAUGAUUAUACUGUUGUGCAAAAAGCGACGAAGGUAACAUGGAAGAAAGAUGUGUAACUUAUGAACGAUGUCGUGUAAAGAAUGUGAUUUGAGAGGAACUAUGCAACGAGAGAAAGAAGAAUAUGUAUUCUCCAUGCGAAAUAAUGUACGCAAAGGGAGUAACCAAAUAAAAGCAUUGCAAAGCUCAGAAA